AAGGAGCGCUGACGUUACCCGGAUGUGACGUUGCCACUCUUCUUAACAUUUAGCAAAAGCGUGUUUCAAGGUUGCCUUCAAUCAGCACGCCGACUCGAGCGCGCGAGGAGGUGAGGCCAUUCAGGAAGACAAAAUGGAUCAAGCCAGGACGACGAUAACGAAAAUAUUCAACGGGACGGAAGGCUCCUACACGCGCUUCCUGACCCAGAACAUGGAGGAAGACUCCAGCCACGUGGAGAUGAAGCUGUCGUCUGAUAUGGAAGAGGAGGUUGGAGAGAAUGGAGUGGUGGAUCAUGGAAUACACCAUCAUGCUCGUCCGUCCUACGGCAGCAAAAAUGGCCUGUGCAAUCCCAGAAACAUCUGCAUAGUGGCAACAGUGGCUAUUGUCAUCAGCUUCGUGUUUGGAAUUUUGAUUGGGUCUAAUAUGUAUAAAAAGACAACUGAAGAGGCUUCAGGCUCCUGCACGACUCCCGAUUCUGCUCCCGCUUCUGCUCCCGCUGACGAUGAUGUGAGUCCGAAAGAAACGGUUCCCACUCUUGACUGGAGCGACAUUACGGCUUUGCUGAAACGCAAACUGACCACAAGUGGCAUUGAAAAGAGCCUCCGUGAAUUCUCCAGGGAAGAUCAUCAAGCAGGAUCCCCAGGAGAUGAGAUACUUGCCAAUAAACUGUUGACAAUAUUCAAGGAUAAUAGCAUGGACCCCUGGAUUGAUGCACACUUUGUUAAGGUCCAGAAUCUUCCUAAAAGUGGCACAAAUAAAGUGACGUUCGGUAGCAAUACGUAUUCCGAGCCUGGCUAUUUGUCCUACAGUGCAACGGGAACAGCACAGGGUGCAGCUUUGUAUGCGUAUUAUGGACGAGAAGACGACUUGAGAACUCUGCAAGACAUUGGUAUUGACAUGAAAGAAAGGGUCCUCUUGGUCCGUGCUGGAAAAAAUAGUUAUGCUGAGAAGGUUGCUAAUGCUGCCAAGGUGAACGCAAGUGCAGUGCUGAUCUACCCCGAUCCUGCUGACUAUUCGUUUAAUGAAGACACUGCCUUGCUUGGCCAUGUCCAUCUCGGCUCUGGUGAUCCGUACACUCCAGGUUUCCCAUCUUUCAAUCACACCCAGUUUCCCCCAGCUAAAUCAUCAGGCCUGCCCAGCAUACCCGCCCAGACCAUCAGAGCCAGUACAGCUGCAGCGAUCAUGAGGGGAAUGGGAGGUCGCAGUUCCCCUCGUGGAUGGGCUGAUGGAGGUCUGCAAGACGUUGAGUACAAGCUCGGUAAUAUUAACAACACUGUCUCCGUGGAGGUGAACAACGUUCUCACUGAGAUACAAAUCCAUAAUGUGUUUGGAGUCAUCAAGGGUUACGUAGAUCCCGAUCGUUAUGUGGUGAUUGGAGCUCAGAGAGAUGCCUGGGGUUCUGGAUUUGCGAAGUCUACCGUUGGCACGAGCUUGCUGAUUGAGUUAGCCAGAGUUAUUAACAGCAUGAUACAUGAAGAUGGAUUCAGGCCCAGGAGGAGCAUCGUGUUUGCAAGCUGGAGUGCUGGAGAAUACGGGGCUGUGGGUGCCACCGAGUGGCUGGAGGGUUAUUUGCCUUCUUUGAAUAUGAAAGCCUUCUCCUACAUUAGCCUGGAUGGAGUUGUCACAGGUGCCACUUCAUUUAAAGCAAGUGCAAGCCCACUGAUGUAUGGCCUGAUACAGAGUACUUUAAAAGAGGUAUCUUCGCCCACUGACCCCAACAGGAGUUUAUUCGCACAAGUGGCUGGAGCCAACUGGGAGGCGGCUGUGAUGGAGCCGAUGACGAUGGAUGACGCAGCCUAUCCGUUCCUGGCCUUCUCCGGCAUCCCUUCAGUCUCUUUCCGAUUCACUCAUGAUAAACCAUACCCAUUCUUUGGCACCUUGCUGGAUACCAGGAGGAAUCUUGAGAGUAAAGCAUCGAACGUACCCGUGCUGACCAAGGCGGCAGGCGAGAUGGCAGGUCAGAUUGCUCUUCGGCUGGUACACGAUCAUCUGCUGAGACUGGACACGGAAAAGUACCUCAAUGUCAUGCGCAUACAAGUGAACAAAAUCAAUAAGGAAGUGAUGAGUCUGCAAAGGAAUGGUCGUCUUCCAAAGACCCUGCAGAUGAAGUGGUUUAUGUCCGCUAUAGGUUCCUAUAGUCGUGCCUCCAGAAAUCUCUUCAGCACCAUCCAGAACAGCGACCUUGAUGAUGUGGAGCAGUGUCGCAUCAUCAAUGACAGAAUCAUGGGGGUGGAAAGAGAUCUUCUGUCUCCUUACGUGUCUCCCCGGAACACACCGUUCAGACACAUAUUACUUGGCUCAGGAUCAUGCACUCUGCAAGAUGUGCUCACACAACUGACCGCGAUCAGAGAAGAAUCAGCCAGCGCCGACGUUGACCUGCUGAAAAAUCAGUUCGCUCUGACCACCUGGACAAUCCAGAGCUGUGCCAACGCACUCGCAGGCAACGUGUGGGACAUGGACAAUGACCUUUAGGUGAAAUUUCACUCCGACUAUAAAGAGAAGCUUCAGAUUAAAACUCCAGUCCCUUUAUGGAUUAAUGCAUAAUGGAUUGCACUCCACUGGCCUAUUAGGAUGCCUUAAAGUGACACUGUGCUAUAUUUCAAACAAAAGCUUGCUUGAGUAAACAAAUGCUUGUCCAUUCCUUCCUCCAUUCCUGUGCACCCGUGCGAACGAGGCAAGCAAACAUACAUCAUGUCAUGAUGUAGCCGUUGAAGUCCAUGGUAGCUUUUUUUAAAUGUUACUGUAAAUCAAAUGAAAAUGACUGCUACCAAAAGAUUUUGGUUGAAAUAUAGAACAGUGUCAUAAAAAGAUAAAUAUUAUUUCUAGAAUAAAAAGCAGCAGCCAUAAAAAAAGAAAAAAAAAUACCAAAAGACAAAUCUGGUGCUUGAUGAACAUGUAGUUCUGAUUUGUAAAAUAUUACCUUGCACAGUAUUUUCCUGAACAAAUACAGCAAAAAAAAAGGUCAAGGUUUAGCUCAAUUCAUAAAAAAAAUAACAAAACAAAACAAAAACCAAAACAAAACACGGGUUCUAGUUUACUAUUAGAAAAUUCAGUACGUUUUCAUUACUUUAUUUGAGCUAAUGUUGUUCGGAAACACUUGGAUUUCAAAGCUGGCAAUUAGUUCACGAAGAAAAGUUCAGCAAUCUUAACCCUAAGCACCAAGCUUCUUAAUGUUUAGCAGUUACAGGUCGUUUGUGUCCUAGAAUUGUCUGUGACAAAAAUCCGAAGCUGUUGCACCAUGAGCUGAACGCCGACUUAACAAUGUGGCACUGAGAUCUCUAUUUAUUUAUUUAUUUAUCAGUGACAGAGUUCACUAUAAAUAGCAUUUUGUACCACUUUUUUAAAGAAAUGUAUAAUUAUCGGAAGCAGUGCCUUCCAUAAUUAUGACAGUUAUACUGUCGAAAUGACAAAAUGACAAAAGCAGCAUCUGCUACGGACGUAAGCCCGUUUCUGGAAAAAAAAAAAAAAAAAAAAAAAAAGUCACUACUGGGGACCGUCACAUUGCAUGGUUCAGUGCUGAGUCACACACCUGAAUGUUGUCAUUGUAACCAAUGAUUAACGUGAUAUCUGGUGUCCUCCACACACACGCACACACACAGACACACACAUAAAACACAUAUCUGACUCGUCUCUGGUGUCUUUUUUUUUUUUUUUUUUUUUUUAUUCUUGACCUUAACCAUUAUCGGGAGCAGCGUCUCCCAUAAUGUGAGCGAAGUCAAUGGUAGUUUUUGCCUACCAGCGUGUUGAUAUCGAGAGCAGGGCCUCUCAUAUUUCACUGUAUGGUGGAUGUUAAUUAUCGGGAACAGUGUUUCUCAUAAUGUUGUACAUAUUACCUGCAUGGACAGUGCAGUCAGUUUGCUAAAAAUCUCCUGUGUGUGUUAGCUGUUAGUGCUGUCUUUAUUUUUUUUAAUCAUGUGAAUGGAAAGUAGCAACAAAUCAGAUCAAUCAUGCAAGUUAUAGAAAUAAAUCUACAUUUGUGAUGACCGUUUGUAUAAUUCUAUAAUAUGUAUAUGUGCUUUUCAGCUGUUUCUUGCGUGUGAUUUGUUUUUUUUCUUUCUUGUUUGUGCUUUAUAUGAUGACGAGCUUAAUAUUCUUUCCCAGAUUUUUUUUCCCUACAUAUUAAAUCUUCUUACAAUCUGUUCACCAGCUCAGAAUAAUUUGGCAUUCAGGCACUUGUUUUAAAUGAUGUAACCAAACUGAAGCUGGAAUAUUAUUUUAUGCAAAAGUACACUCAAGUUGCAGCUAACAAUCCUUUCCAUUCCAGCUGAAUCUAAGAAAGAAGAAAUGCAGAUUUUUCUUAAUAUAAAAUGUAGCUGCUUACGCUCCAGCCCUUCUGAAUUGUAAACUUUUUAUCUUCAACAAUGUCAAAUGCAUAAACUGUUUAAUGCAAUAAAUAUGUACACCUUA